UAUUUCUUUGUGGUGACAUAUGGAUGCAUUGAUGUGGACGUUCACCAUCCCCUACCACUACCAGGUCUUUCUACAUGCUAUUUCUUAAUCUUUUCAAGCAUCGCUCCCUUGUGCAGUGUUUGUUUUCUUUUCACCCUCCUUCCCACUACACUGUGCAUGGUUGUGCCCAGCCAACUACAAGGGAAGGAAAGUCUUCAACCAAGCCAAAGCAAGAGCUAAACAAUCGAUCGGAUAUCGUCGAUGCCUCCAUGGUGGUUGCUGCUGCUGCAUUUCCUGGCCGCGGUUCUCGCCGUGGAUGUUGAGGGGCGACAUGAUAGGUACGCCUGCCCUCCUUUUUCUUGCGGCAAUUUCCAGGACGUCCACCACCCUUUCCGCCUACAAGGCGAUCCAGCUGAGUGCGGUGCUCCGUCAUACGAGCUGGCUUGCGCCGGCGACCGGGCUACAAUUCAGAUCAACACAGGGACAUACUUGGUCACCAAGAUCAACUAUGAACUUUCAUACUUCUGGGUCGUGGACGCCAACCUGGACAUGAGCAGCAGCUGCCCUCUUCCUCGCUGGGACCAGCGUCCCUACCUAAAUGGUCUCCACUGGCCCGACGGCCUCAGCGAAUUGAUCCCCUCCCUCAGGGUUACAUGGGCCAACUUUGUGAAUUGUUCACAGCCGACCACCAACACUAGUGACUACAGACCGGUGGAUUGUCUGAGCACCGGCACUUCUUUCGUCUAUGUGCUGAUCGACUCUUAUCAUGUUGAGAAGCUUAAGCCUUCUUGCGGGUACUUGGCCAUGGCUGCUUUGGGUGAUCAGAGCAUGCGAUAUGAUAACGCAAGCCACGAAACUUUGGUACGGUCCCUCAGAGGAGGAUUUCCUGUUUUCUUUCCUUUUUACGGGCCUGGGAGCUUCACGGGCUGCCUGAAGGAUCUGAUUGUCCCAGACCCUGGAGAGUCGGUGGCUCAUCUUCUCAUACAUUGGCUUAUGGUCAUUCUUACGGUUGAUUCUCAAAUCCUGUAUUGUGCAUUUGGAGCAGAUAAUUUGCGUUCCACUGAACACCUUCACUCAGUACGCUCUGCGAUAGUAUUCUCCCCGUCAAUAUUGAAGUUCAUUGCUGGAGUAUGCAGGUUCGUGAUUGCUCCCCUGGUGGUACUGUUCUUCCUGGCCCACAAAUAUUGGAAAACAAGGAUCACAAUCGACGCAGUCGAGAAGUUCCUACAAAUGCAGCAAAUGAUCGGCCCGGUAAGGUAUGCCUACACAGAUAUUGUUGCGGUCACAAGACAUUUCAGAGACAAGCUGGGUCAGGGAGGCUAUGGCUCCGUUUACAAGGGCAUUCUGCUCCCAGGCGAUGUUCAUGUGGCCAUCAAGAUGCUGGAUGGUAAAUCCUGCUGCGAUGGAGAAGAUUUCAUCAGUGAGGUCUCCACCAUUGGCAGGAUCCACCACGUUAAUGUGGUCCGUCUGGUCGGGUUCUGCUCGGAAGAAAUGAGGAGGGCGCUAGUCUACGAGUAUAUGCCCCAUGGUUCUCUUGAUAAGUACAUCUUCUCGGUCGAGAAGAGUUUCUCCUGGGACAAGCUCAAUGAAAUUGCCUUGGGCAUUGCUAGAGGGAUUAACUACCUGCAUCAAGGAUGCGACAUGCAGAUUCUACACUUUGAUAUCAAGCCGCACAACAUCCUUCUUGACACCAAUUUUGUCCCAAAAAUUGCUGAUUUUGGCCUUGCCAAGCUAUACCCAAGGGACAACAGUUUUGUGCCGUUGAGCGCCCUACGGGGAACAAUCGGAUACAUAGCUCCUGAGAUGAUAUCCCGAAGCUUUGGCGUCAUAUCCAGCAAGUCUGAUGUUUACAGCUUCGGGAUGCUGCUGUUGGAGAUGGCUGGAGGACGCAGGAACGCAGACCCGAAUGCGGCAAACUCAAGCCAGGCAUUCUACCCAUCGUGGGUGUAUGACCGGCUAACUAAACAUGAACCGGGUGAGAUAUCUGCUGAGAUGCAUGAAUUGGAGAGGAAGCUGUGCCUUGUUGGUCUGUGUUGCAUCCAGAUGAAGUCCCACGAUCGGCCAGAGAUGAGCGAAGUCAUAGAGAUGCUCGAAGGGAGCGUUGAUAGCGUGCAGGUGCCUUCAAGGCCAUUCUUCUGUGACGAUGAGCACAGCCCUGUAGUGGAGCCUUACCAUUUCCUCUCUGAGCUGACUACCAUUUCGGAGGAGGGCGAGUGA